GAUUCUAAUCCGUGACGUCAUUCAUUCCGCGUUGGCCUGGACGUGGCACCGGGGAGGAGCGGUGAAGUGUUCUCUGAUCCGGUGUCUGCUCUCCGGUUCUGACAGGAGUUCCUCCGGACCGAUCGGCUCUCAGCCUCCGCCGUCAGAUUGUCAUCUCCCGCUGAACCGGGACCGGAACCGGGAUAAAAUGGGUCUGACCAUCUCGUCUUUAUUCUCCAAGCUGUUCGGGAAGAAACAGAUGAGGAUUCUGAUGGUUGGUCUGGACGCAGCUGGAAAAACAACCAUCUUGUACAAGCUGAAGCUGGGAGAGAUCGUUACCACCAUCCCAACCAUCGGUUUUAACGUGGAGACUGUAGAAUAUAAGAACAUCUGCUUUACGGUGUGGGAUGUUGGUGGUCAAGACAAGAUCAGACCUCUGUGGAGACACUACUUCCAGAACACACAGGGCCUGAUCUUCGUGGUGGACAGUAACGACAGAGAGAGAGUUGCCGAGUCGGCUGAGGAGCUCUCCAAGAUGAUCCAGGAAGACGAGCUGAAGGAUGCAGUUCUUCUGGUGUUUGCUAACAAGCAGGACCUACCCAACGCCAUGGGGGUCAGCGAACUCACCGACAAACUUGGGCUGCAUGGCCUGCGCAACAGAACCUGGCACGUCCAGGCCACCUGUGCCACUCAGGGGACUGGUCUCUACGAGGGUCUGGACUGGCUGUCCAAUGAGCUGUCGAAACGUUAACGCAGCUGGAUGAUGUCACCGUGUUUAAACUGAGGAAGAGGAGCGUUCACAGGACUGUUGCUGGUUUUUUAUUUUAUAAGUUAUGUCUGUAGGAGGAAGUGAUGUCAUGGACUCUGAGCUCACCUGGUUUCUCAUCUUCUGGUGUCCUAGAUCUUUUUUUUUCAGUUCGCAUGUUUUAACUCCAGAUCAUGUCAUAGGGAGAGGGGGUGGGGCUUACCACAGGUGGCGCUCACCAGGUCAUAUAAUGACUCAUUCCGCAGAGCCGGACCUGACGGCCUUGUCCUUAUUAAUGUGAAGACACAACAAUGAUGCAAUAAAGGUUUUUUCUCCA